AUGACUCAUUAUAGUAAACAUGGUAAUUUAUUUUUUGCAUUUUAGAUCCUAGUGGUUAAUGGUCAAGAUUGAUCGAAAGGUAAAAAAUACAACAAGAAAUGCAAGAAAAGUAAGAAAAAGAAGAAUAAGAAAAUAGAAAGCGGUUAUAUAGGUAUUAUAAUUCAAAUAAAAAUAGAGAAGAAUUGGAAAGAUUGAUUAAUGAAUAGAAAUAAUCUACAAUUUAAAAAACUAAAUACGAUAGUGAAUUUGCUGGAGCUAUGCAGAAAUUCUUACAUUAAAGAGACAGUGUUGAAUAAUUGAAAUUAUAGGAACUUAAAUAAAAACAAUCUGAAUUUAUAAGAUAUAGUCUAGAAUAAGAAUAAAUAAAGAAAGAAUAAUAAGUAUCUCUAUUUUUAUUACUUUAAAGCGACUCAACUUUCUUUAAGAUAGAUAAUAACAAUUUUAAAUUGGAAUAAUGAUGGAUUAAGCAGAAAAAAAGGAUAUCUAUUUAAAAUAAUAAAAAAAAGAAUAAGUUCAAAAAGAUUUAGCAUAAUCUUAUCUUUAAUAAGAAGAAUAAAAAAAAAUGGAUUAAUAUUUGUCUAGAUAAAGAGAAUAAUAGCUACUUUAAGAAUAAUUGUAAAGAAGUCAAAAAGAAGAAGAGUAAAGAUUAUUAGUAAUCAUCUAUUAUUAUAAAUUAGCAUCUUAGUACAAUCAAAUAUGGAUAUCAUUAGAAUGAAAAUGUACUUCAGAAAUACAAUGAUCUUUAUUUGUAAAAAGAAUAUAAAGAUAAAGAACUACAAAGAAAAUUUAUUGAAGAAGCUGCAACUUAUAAGUAAAGAUAAGAAGAAGAAAAAUAUAUAAUGGAAAGAGUAAACAAGGAAAAAUUACAAAAGGAUACUGUUGAUACAAUCUUAAAUUAAAUACAUUCAAAACAAUAGAGUUAGAGAGAAUAAUAGAAUAGCAAAUAUAAAGAUCAAGAAGUAUUACUUGGACUUCAUUAAAAAUUUUAAAUGCAAGAGAGAGAAUAAAGUGAAAGAAAGAAUCAAUUAUAAUAAUAAUACAGAUAAGAUUUAAUUAUGUAAAUUGAANAAUAUUUAAUGAAUAAAAUUUAUUAAUUUUUACUAAUUUGUUUGUUAAUAUGACUCAUUAUAGUAAACAUGGUAAUUUAUUUUUUGCAUUUUAGAUCCUAGUGGUUAAUGGUCAAGAUUGAUCGAAAGGUAAAAAAUACAACAAGAAAUGCAAGAAAAGUAAGAAAAAGAAGAAUAAGAAAAUAGAAAGCGGUUAUAUAGGUAUUAUAAUUCAAAUAAAAAUAGAGAAGAAUUGGAAAGAUUGAUUAAUGAAUAGAAAUAAUCUACAAUUUAAAAAACUAAAUACGAUAGUGAAUUUGCUGGAGCUAUGCAGAAAUUCUUACAUUAAAGAGACAGUGUUGAAUAAUUGAAAUUAUAGGAACUUAAAUAAAAACAAUCUGAAUUUAUAAGAUAUAGUCUAGAAUAAGAAUAAAUAAAGAAAGAAUAAUAAGUAUCUCUAUUUUUAUUACUUUAAAGCGACUCAACUUUCUUUAAGAUAGAUAAUAACAAUUUUAAAUUGGAAUAAUGAUGGAUUAAGCAGAAAAAAAGGAUAUCUAUUUAAAAUAAUAAAAAAAAGAAUAAGUUCAAAAAGAUUUAGCAUAAUCUUAUCUUUAAUAAGAAGAAUAAAAAAAAAUGGAUUAAUAUUUGUCUAGAUAAAGAGAAUAAUAGCUACUUUAAGAAUAAUUGUAAAGAAGUCAAAAAGAAGAAGAGUAAAGAUUAUUAGUAAUCAUCUAUUAUUAUAAAUUAGCAUCUUAGUACAAUCAAAUAUGGAUAUCAUUAGAAUGAAAAUGUACUUCAGAAAUACAAUGAUCUUUAUUUGUAAAAAGAAUAUAAAGAUAAAGAACUACAAAGAAAAUUUAUUGAAGAAGCUGCAACUUAUAAGUAAAGAUAAGAAGAAGAAAAAUAUAUAAUGGAAAGAGUAAACAAGGAAAAAUUACAAAAGGAUACUGUUGAUACAAUCUUAAAUUAAAUACAUUCAAAACAAUAGAGUUAGAGAGAAUAAUAGAAUAGCAAAUAUAAAGAUCAAGAAGUAUUACUUGGACUUCAUUAAAAAUUUUAAAUGCAAGAGAGAGAAUAAAGUGAAAGAAAGAAUCAAUUAUAAUAAUAAUACAGAUAAGAUUUAAUUAUGUAAAUUGAAGAAGACAAAAAUAGAAAAUAAUAAGAAGCAUCAAUGAGUAUGGUUGAAUUAAAUAUGAAUAAGAAAAUAUUUGAAGUAUUAAAAUAUUCAUAUUUAUAUAGGCAGAAGAUGAUCCUCAAUUAGCAGGUAUUGGAGUAGUUCCUGGAUUAUCAAAUCAUGUUGAUUAUGAAAAACUUAAAUAAAAGUAAAAUUUAUAACUAUUUUUAAGAGCAUAUGUAGAUGGUACAUUCAAAAAAUCAGCAGAAUAAUAAAUGUAAUUUAAAAGAUUAAGAAAUGUAAGUGCCUACAUUGCAGGUAAUAAUGUUACUUAAAAUUAUGGUUAUUGA